CACCGUCUUCACCCACUCCAUUCGAGAGCUUCAUCAACAGCAUCUAUACCAGCAGUCUCUCACAUCUUAUCGAGGGUCUCGCGGCACUCGUUUAUCCGAAGUCCGUCUGCUCGCUGUGUGACUUCUUACAGAGCAAGCUACGCGGUGCCACAUCGCAUCAUUACCUGGACAGUCACAGUCACAGUCACGUACAAGUACACUCUCGUUCAUCAGCAACGGACCUCAAUAUGGCCGAUGUCAUGAUCCAGACCCCUCCGGUACUUCAAGGUCCAUCAGAGAAGGAGCGGAAAUAUGACCGCCAACUCCGACUUUGGGCUGCCUCUGGUCAGGCUGCUCUCGAGUCGGCCAAUAUUCUCCUCGUUAACUCCGGUGCUGGUACUGUCGGCGUUGAGACUCUCAAGAAUCUUGUUCUGCCUGGUAUUGGCCGAUUCACCAUUGCCGACCAGAACGCUGUAACUCAUCAAGAUUUGGGUGUCAAUUUCUUCGUAGAUGAUAGCUGGCUGGGCAAGCCCAGAGCUGAAGCUUGCACCAAUUUUCUCUUGGAACUUAACCCUGAAGUACAGGGUGGGUGGUAUCCUAAAACCCAGGAUGAAUCUUUCCACCUAGAUCACCUACUCAGUAGCUCGCCAACAUUCACCAUGAUCCUAUAUGCUCUUCCUUUGCCUCAUGAUCAGGUCCAGCUAAUUCAAAAUUAUUCUCACCAACAUAAAAUUCCUACAAUUGCGGUUCAUUCCGUGGGAUACUACUCCUACUUCAAGACCACCUUACCCGGCACAUUUCCUAUCGUUGACACCCAUCCCGACGAGACCGCCACUACAGAUCUGCGACUUCUAGCCCCUUGGCCUGAACUCCUUGAGUUUUCCCAGAGCAUGACUGAAAACAUCGACAACCUCGAUAGUCAUGAGCAUGGUCACUUACCUAUGGUCGUUAUUCUCCUUCAUUGUCUAGAGCAAUGGAAAGAAGCUCACGACGGCGCUUACCCUACCAGCUACAUCGACAAGACCGCAUUCCGCAAAACUGUCUCCGAAGCCAUGAGGACAGACAACCCUGAGGGAGGUGAAGAGAAUUUUGAAGAGGCUAUAGCUGCUGUGAUGAAGCAUGUCGUAACCCCCUCCCUUCCUAGUUCUCUUCGACAAGUAUUUGACUAUGUGCACCAAGAUCCUGAGGAGAUCAACUCUGGCUUCUGGGUCAUCACAGAGGCUGUGAAACGAUUCUAUGACGAACAUGGCCGUUUACCUGUCCCUGGAGGACUGCCUGACAUGAAGGCUCAAUCCAACGUGUACAUCAAACUACAGAACAUCUACAAAGAACGGGCUCGCCAGGAUGUUGGUCAAGUUUUGGAAACCGCUCGAAGUCUUCCUGGCGGUCAGGACGUGGAUCCCGAGCAGGUCGAGCUCUUCUGCAAGAAUGCUCCUUUUAUCAAGCUCAUUAAUGCCCCUGGAGACAAGACUACCAGUCUCGAUAAGCUUGUCGAACAAGAGCUAGCAAACGACGAGAUGUCAGCCUUUGCUGGGCCCGAGAUGCCUCUAUCCCUGGUCCCACUGUACCUCGCCCUGUUGGCAACGUCCAAUACCAAGACUGCUUCUGCAGAUGAGAUUAUGGGUUUCAUUGGUAAGGCCGCACCAAAAGCCACGGAAAAUGAACGUUACAAGAAGACUGCCCAAGAGGUUGAGCGCGCGGCCGGCGGCGAGCUUCACAACAUAUCAGCCCUCACGGGUGGCAUGGUUGCUCAAGAGAUGAUCAAAAUCAUCACCAAGCAAUACGUGCCCAUCGAGAACACUUGUAUCUUCGACGGUAUCGACAGCCGUUGUCAGGUCCUCCGCCUGUAAAAAGUAUCAGUCCUUGGAGGUAUCUGAUGGGAAAGAUGGAAACGGAGUAAUGUCACGAUUAAUGACUGGAUAGAAGGAUUCACAAUAUAAAACAUCGCAUCGAACGACUUUGAAAGCAGCAAUGGACAUCGUGGAGUAGGUCAACGUGGUAGGGUCUCCUGACGCCAUCUUCUGAAUGAGAACAGGUUUCGGUUUCAACAUCGCGAUUCUCCCUCAACCCCAACCACAGAUAUCGACCACGUGUUCGCCGCAGCCGUGAACAAAAGACGAUACUUCCCAUCUGAAGCAAGAAGCCCAAGACAAGAAGAGACACGCAUCCAGCAAAAAACAUACAACAGCGGGGAUUCG